AGCGGUGGAUCCCGUUGUGUUAAGAAUAGAGGAGCCGAGAGGAGCCGAGCGGCAGACUCUACCAUGCCAGUGCAGGGAGAAAGGCUGAAGCGCUGUGUCUCUCUCUGCCUCUGGAGCCGGAGUCCUCUGCUAUUGCUUGGACUGUUCUCUCUGCAUGCACAAGCUCACGGCAACAUUUUGGACAGUAUGCUGCUACAAGCAUCAAGUAAGGAGGCAGCGGAGAGUGGGAAGGAGACUUUUGGCAGCACAGCUCCUGCUUCAUCCUCCCAAAGACUCCUGUGGUGUCACUGCUAUCACCACUGCCCAGAAGAUUCAACCAACAACACAUGCAGGACGGACGGCUACUGCUUCACGAUGGUGAAGGAGGAGGAUGGAGUACCGGUCCAGACUGCGGGUUGCAUGGGGCUGGUCGGGUCAGAGUUUCAGUGCAGGGAUACGGGGAAGUCACGUCAAAGGAGAUCGCUGGAGUGCUGUACAGAUGAAGAUUACUGCAACAGAAACCUGCAUCCAACGCUGCCGCCGCUCAAGCCGCCUCUCUAUGUCGAUGGGAAGAUCCACCACAUGGCCUUGUUGAUUUCAGUCGCUGUUUGCAGCAUCAUACUGCUUGUCAUCAUUGUGUUCUGCUACUUCAGGUACAAGCGACAAGAGUCUCGUCCUCGCUACAGCAUCGGUCUAGAGCAGGAUGAGAUGUACAUUCCCCCUGGAGAGUCUCUGAAGGACCUGAUAGAGCAAUCGCAGAGCUCUGGCUCAGGCUCAGGACUCCCUCUAUUGGUCCAGAGAACGAUAGCCAAGCAGAUUCAGAUGGUGAAGCAGAUCGGCAAGGGCAGGUAUGGAGAGGUGUGGAUGGGCAGGUGGAGAGGAGAGAAGGUGGCUGUGAAAGUUUUCUUCACCACUGAGGAGGCCAGUUGGUUCAGAGAGACGGAAAUCUACCAGACUAUCCUAAUGAGACAUGAGAACAUACUGGGUUUUAUAGCUGCAGAUAUUAAAGGAACUGGCUCCUGGACUCAACUCUACCUAAUCACCGACUACCAUGAAAAUGGAUCUUUGUAUGACUACCUCAAAUCAACCACUCUAGACAAUAAAGCGAUGCUGCGACUGGCCUACUCCUCUGUGUCGGGACUCUGUCACCUCCACACAGAGAUCUUCGGCACCCAGGGCAAACCUGCCAUCGCUCACCGGGAUCUGAAGAGUAAGAACCUGCUGGUGAAAAGAAAUGGGACCUGCUGUAUAGCUGACCUCGGACUGGCGGUUAAAUUUAUCAGUGACACAAAUGAGGUAGACAUCCCUCCCAACACUAGAGUUGGCACAAAGCGCUACAUGCCUCCGGAGGUUCUGGACGAGACUCUGAACAGAAGUCAUUUUCAGUCGUACAUCAUGGCCGACAUGUACAGCUUUGGGCUCAUUCUCUGGGAGAUUGCUCGACGUUGUGUCUCAGGAGGGAUCCUGGAGGAGUACCAGCUACCGUACCACGAGUUAGUUCCUACGGACCCUUCAUAUGAAGACAUGAGAGAGGUGGUCUGCAUCAAGAAACUACGACCGUCCUUUCCUAAUAGAUGGACCAGUGAUGAGUGUUUGAGACAGAUGGGGAAGCUGAUGACAGAAUGCUGGGCCCACAACCCAGCCUGCCGCCUCACAGCGCUACGGGUCAAAAAGACACUUGCCAAAAUGUCAGAAUCACAGGACAUCAAGCUGUGAGCGGGCACUGCCAGGUGUGUGUGUGUUUACGCACAUAGAAAGGGCACUAACAAUCACACUGGCUCUGGUCCACGUCGCACAAGCCUUCUCCCUGGGGGGAAAAAAAAGAGGAGGGACAGGAAGCAAGAAGAUCACUUAGAAGAUCACAAACUUUUGAGUCCAAACGCCCAGAACUCUGCAACGCAAGUCCCCUUAAAAAAAAAAACAAUCAGGUCUUAUGUGGCCCUGUUCUGUCCAUCAAAGACGAUGAGACGAUUUCAUUUCAGACUAGUGCGAGGACUCUAAAUCCACGUAUAGGCUCCUGUUCACAUGCUCCAAAGGUCUUGGAGAAAGAGACUGAGUUUGACUUGGCACUGUAGCUGCAGAGACACGCAAACAGGCUACUGACCAGUGAGUGGAAUGUGAUAUCACUGCUUUCUGUGAAAGCUACCCUACCUGUAAGAUGAAGGUCUGACUGAUAGAACUGAAGGGACGUGUUUCAAAGCAAUCUGUCAUUGCAGCAUUAGCACCUCCUUUCUUAACACUAUCACCCCCACUACUGGCUUUAUGUGAUAAUUGGAUUGAACACAUUUUGGUUUUUUUUGUCAAUCAACUGCUUUUAAUUACAAGAACUGACCCUAUGUGACAGAGAGGGGGAAAAAAAAAAGAAAGUAUUGUGAGGCUUUAAAAUUUUUGGUUUCUGCGGAUAACAUUGUAAACACUGAAGAAAAGGUAAACGUUGUGUUUUUGUGAUGGGCUAACGAAAGUUGCAAAAAGUGCAUUUUCAAUGUAAAACUCCAACUCGCGAAGACGAUAUGUGAUAAAAUAAAAUUUCUAUGUCCAAAUAAAUUCUGGAUUGAGGCUCUGAAGGCCUCCGUGUCUCCUUGCCCUCUGAUGGAAAACCUGCCUGAAACGAGGAGGAGGCGGCGUUGCAUUAAAGGAUUGAUUGGAGCAGAACAGUGCCACCCGUAGGUGCUCUCCGGUAACUACAGGAAGGAAAGACUCCCAAGUGCGUUUCCAAACUGCUUUACACUAACUGUAGUGGUGACUUCUUGUUUGGUGAUGUAGUGAUCUAUUAUAAAUGUGUGGAAUUUUGUUAGUUUAGGGGUACCACGAGUUGUUUGUCAUGAGGGAUUGCUACCAUUCAGUCAGUAAAGUGGCUCCCAAUACCAGGCUGAUGAUGGAAAUGGUGUAUUUUAAGCAGCGGGACCAGAAGCACUCACUUAUAGUAAAAAAAAAAUCAGCUGGCCCAAGAAAACACCCCCCAUACUCUUCUACCACACGAAUUAAACUGAUUCACUAUAAUUAACCAUUUGCAGCUGUCACAAUGAAACCAAAUGAGUCAAUUCAAAAUUCCAUCAUCCCGUUUCUGUGAGUGAAGUUCCUCCAUUGAUUCUGGCAUAAAAGCAGUCCACUUUUGGAAAACCUAAGCAGCCUCAGUAUGAAGUGGUUCUCCAGGUAAAUCCAGCCACCUUUCAUCAUCUGGCUGUUCGGUCCUUACAGUGGUCGGCUGUCACCGCAGUGCCAGUUCAGAUUUUCCCCUCAAAUGGCACUAACUGACUCAUUUUUUAUUUUUUAUUUUUUUAGCUUUCAUAGUCCAUUAGUAAAAUCUUUGCUAAACUUUCCUUCAGAGGUCAGCGAGUUUCAUUUUUUGGUCUGUGUCAACUAAAAAUAAUGGGGCGCUUGUCACAGUUGGAGGUUUUCGGUGUGACAGAUUUGUUGUGAUAUAAAAUGCCCUUUGUUUCCUCUUUGGGUGUUGUGCCUUAUUUAAUCUGUACCUGCUGUAGUUGUCUGUGAGAGAAAGUGGUGUUUUUAUUCAGUAAAAAGGUUGAACAUUCCCCCAAUAAAGUGUUUCACUCAUCCACA